AUGUCCGCACCGGUCACGGAUUCCCCUGCUACCGCUCCCAACAACAACCGCCUUGUUGCGGGGCUUGAAGAGUGCGAGCAAGACAAUCGCCCUCCUUUCGUUCUUAAUCGCACUGAGCUUCGGCUCCUUGUCAUCGCUGGGAUCGCUUAUGAUCUCUUCAUUAUCAACCAAGUGGCCCUCAUGUUACAGUACCGCUAUUACGGAGGUGAUCACCUCCCAUCGGGACUUGAGGGAUUCAUCAAGGCAGGCGCAAACAUUGGCUCAGUAAUUGGACAAUUCCUUUUUGGUUACUUGGCGGAUGCCUUUGGCCGUAAAGCAGUGUAUGGAAAGGAGCUUAUGACAAUUAUUUUCGCCACAAUUCUUUGCAUCUCUGUGCCAGCAUACAUCGGCUCCGAAGGCGUUCUCAUCUGGAUUGGUGUUUUCCGUAUUGUUCUUGGAAUCGGCGUAGGGGGAGAUUACCCCAUGUCUGCUUCGAUCACAGGAGACCGAGCUUCCAUUCGUAAGCGGGGCACGAUGCUCACAUACGUCUUCGCGAACCAAGGGUGGGGGUCAUUCGUAGGAAGCUUGGUGACAAUGGCCACCCUCGCUUGUUACAAGACUGCAAUGGACAAAAAUGGACAGGUCUACAAAGUUGAUGCAGUGUGGCGUAUCGUUGUGGGCGUUUCGCUGAUUCCUGCGUUCGGCACACUGUAUCAGCGAUUGACUCUGCCGGAGUCGACCCGUUUCAGUAAGACUCGCAAUGCCGAGGCUGAUGAGGCUCAAAAGGAGGAUGAACCCCAAAAAGAGAAGGAAGCUGAGCUCAAAAAGGCAGCGCUUGAUGCAUCGUCUUCGGAGCAAUCGAGCGUCCAGGCCGAGGCUGCUGAAAUCAAGAAGAAGGCCCAUAUUCACGAGUUCCUUGAGUAUAUGUCCGAAUGGCGCCAUGCGAAGCUUUUGAUUGGCACUGCGCUAUCUUGGUUCCUGGUCGACAUUGCCUUUUAUGGAAUCAACCUCAAUACUUCUGUCGUCCUCCAGCAAAUCGGAUUCGACGGUGCUGGCAAUAACGCAUGGCAUAAAAUUUUCCGUGUCGCUACCGGAAACUUGAUUAUUACGGCCCUUGGAUUUGUCCCCGGAUACUACGUCACCGUGCUCACUGUUGAGUGGCUUGGCCGCAAGUGGAUUCAAAUCCAAGGAUUUAUCAUGAGUUCUGUAUUCAUCGCGAUCCUUGCCGCGAAGUUCCAUACUUUGUCAUCAGUCGCUUUCAUCGUUUGCUUUGCUCUGAUGCAAUUCUUCUUCAACUUCGGUGCUAAUGCUACAACUUAUAUGUACCCUGCCGAGCUCUUCCCGACUCGCUACCGCGCAUUCGCACACGGUAUUUCAGCCGCGUCCGGUAAGGCCGGCGCUAUUCUAGCCAGUCUCGCCUUCAACGCUCUAAGCAAGAAGAUCGGGACUCCUGCUGUAUUAUGGAUAUUCGUUGGGUGCAAUAUCGCUGGAGCACUAGUCACGCUUGUCUGUCUUCCUGAAGUACGAGGCCGUGACCCGGAUGCUAUUGAGCUUGAAGAGCGUCGUCUAGCAAGGGAGCAGGGAGCCAAUUCUGCAUAG